GUGACGUCAAGGGUUUUGAACGGCAUAUGACGUCAAGAUUGUUUUGCUGUGUCGUAAUUCAGUCCGCUGAUUUAUUGUGUGUCGAACAUAUUUACACAGUUACCAGGAGGUCGGAACAGAAUGUCAGGGCACCAUUCAGGGCACCACUCGGGGCACCAUUCAGAGCACCACUCGGGGCACCACUCAGGGCACCACUCAGAGCACCAUUCAAGACACCACCGGAACCGCUCCCGCUCACCAACACCAUCCGGGUCAGAUUCACCGACGCCAUCAGAUUCGCCGACGCCAUCAGAUUCGCCGGCGCGAUCAGAUUCACCGACGUCAUCCCAUACCUAUUCACAGUCUCGGUCGCCGCCGCCAACUCCACCGUUGCCGCCGCCGCCACCGUUGCCGCCGCCGCCGCCUCCCAGUCCGCCGCCGUCGCCACCACCACCGUAUAGGAGUCCGUCACCAACAUCUCGACAACAGCAUCAAUAUGACGAGGAAUAUGGUGACGUUCCAGUGAUCAAACCUUACGACUACUUCAUCAUAUCUCUCGUGUCUUGCCUGUUCUGCUUUCCCCUCGCGGCGUUGGCUUUGAUAUACGUUAAGAAAUCACGUGCAGCCAGUAAGAAGAAAAAUUAUGGAAUGGGGCGGAAACACGGACUGUAUGCUAGACGGUACGCGCUUUUCGCCAUUUUGACGGGACUCAGUUGGAUAAUCGGACUCGUACUUGGAGCAACAACGUUGUGCUAACUGAAAGAAAACAAAUUGGUUUACCGACCGCUCUCUUUUCUUCAAGCCCUGCCACAUACUACGAAUGACCUAAAUAAUGGAAUACUAUAUAUAGCAUUUUGUUCAAACAUUUUAUUAUCUAACACUUACUUAUUGCUGUCAAAAUGUUUGUGGAAGAUUGAAGAGUUUGUUACAAAUAAUACCAAUAAAUUACCCUUUUUUCUGUUAUUACUUUGA